UGUUUGCUCGUCGCACUCUGAUGACGUCAGUGCAGCAGCAGUACGGGUUGCAGUUUUAACAUCGUGACAGUUUUAUUCCGACUAAAGACGGGUUUCACAGCACACGUCAGGAGAUGUCAUCUUUGUGUGGCACCAGCAACGGCUGCCAAGAUGCAGGUCAAGAGGCUGCAGAGAAACAGGAGAAGGAGCAUCCUCGUGUGCUCAUCCCUGAGUUAUGCCGACUCUUCUACCAGCUCGGAUGGGUAACGGGGACGGGAGGAGGGAUCAGCCUUAAACGAGGAGAUCAAAUCUACAUUGCACCGUCAGGCGUCCAGAAAGAGAGAAUACAGCCAGACGACAUGUUUGUGUGUGAUGUGGAGGAGAAAGACAUCAGCUGUCCACCUGCCUGGAAGAAGUUAAAGAAGAGUCAAUGUACACCUCUUUUCAUGAAUGCCUAUACCAUGAGAGGAGCACAGGCAGUCAUACACACCCACUCUAAGGCUGCUGUCAUGGCAACACUGCUGUAUCCUGGCAAAGAGUUCAGGAUAACACACCAGGAGAUGAUCAAGGGGAUCCGUAAGGGCACCUCAGGCACUAACUAUCGGUAUGAUGACGCUCUGGUUAUACCUAUUAUUGAAAACACACCAGAGGAGAAGGACCUGAAAGAUCGGAUGGCUUUGGCAAUGGAGGAAUACCCGGACACCUGUGCUGUCCUCGUCCGCCGCCAUGGUGUCUACGUCUGGGGGGAGACAUGGGAAAAAGCUAAGACUAUGUGUGAAUGCUACGACUACCUGUUUGACAUCGCCGUGCAGAUGAAGCAGUGUGGGCUGGACCCGUCAGCCCUCCCAAUGGAAGAAAAGGGAAUAGUCUGACAUUCUCUUUUGCUUUUUAGAAAUAGACAUUUGUAGCAGAAAGGUCAGUGGAGUUCAAUCAGGGGAGCUGAUUGUAAUCAUUUUCCCUUUCACGCCGGCCUGCUUCAAAUACGAUGAAAUUUGAUGGUAGGGGCAGAUUUGGGGUUGGAGGAGAUUGAAUGCCUGUGAUCCGGAAGCACCUGGAGGUACGCUGCGAAGCACUGUGGGACAACUCAUGAGUGAGCAGCCGUCAAAUAAAAGGUCUUCGGGUUCAAAUGCUUUCCUAUUCAAGGGUUUCACUGCACUGAAAUCAAGGUCGCAGUGUAUGUCAGCCAUGAACAUACUUUGCAUCUCAAUCGACUUGUAAUGGUAACAAACUGCUUUUGCUUUAAUCAAUAAAACUGAUGAAAUGUA